AUGCUUCAUCGACCUACUCUCAUGCCUGCAUCAAUGAAAUCAUCCUCAAAAUUCAACUUGUCUACGAAUUCAAAACAUUCAUCUCAAUCAAGUAAAAUAGAAAGUCCAGAAUUGAUUCAACUACUUAACUGUGGUGAUGAUGAUGAUGAAAUAGUUAUUGUAGAACCUACAGAUCCAGAUGAAGACCGUAUGAAACAGGAAGAUACAGCAUUUGAUGAUGUAUUAAACAAAGAACAAGAAGAUUAUGCGGAGGAAGAUUACAAUGGGAAUGAUGGAGAUAUGAAUUCAGAUGACUCUCAUAUGAAAGGUGAAUCUCACAUCCCAGUGUCGAAUAUUAAAGUGGAUGAAGCCACUGGAAAUGCAACUCCAGUGACCGUAACCACAGAUUCGGUUAAACCUAUUGGAAUUUUACCUCUGAAUGAUAUGAUUCACAAUUUACUCACAUGUACACCACAUGUUGCUCCCACCAUACAAAAUGUUGCACUUCAACCUAUACUGUCGGGUAAAAUGAAUGGAUCGGGAAGUGUGCAAAUGCCGAAUGUUGUUUCCAAUGCAAUGCCUACAUUGUGGCUUCAUUCUCCUGUUGUGAAUUCAACGGAAAUGAUGAGUAUGCCUAAUGUGAAUAAUGUGACAGAUUUGACGAGUAAUAUUGUACAGAAUAGUGGGACUGCACUGAAUCCACUUGUUGCUGCUGUGCUUGUGAAUUGUGCCACAGUGAACAUGAUAAGUCAGCUAGCUGGAUCUAUGUGUACUCCGCUGGUGAACAGCAGUAUGAUCGAUGGUAAUGUUAAUGGUAGUAAUGUGAACAACAAUGGUAACCACACUAGUAGUGAUUGUAGUGUUAGUAGUGGUAGUGUUGGUGUUAAUAGUGGUAGCAGGGGAGUCAACACAUUAACAAUCCCUACAGCGUCAUAUUUCCCCAAUUUGUUAUCUGCUAUUCCGUUGUCUACGUAUAUAUCGGGAUUAGGACUGAAUACAACUGGAGGUAUAAUUACUUCACCAAAUAGUUUGUGUAAUGUUGGUGUUACUAGUCCAGCUGUCUCGUCUGCUGCAACUCUCAAUAAUAAUAAUAUUGGUGGUGUGAAUUGUGACACCAUCAAAUGUUGA